AUGAGAAAGAGCGCCAAUGAGGCAUAUGACUUGUUGGAAGAAAUGGCCAUGAAUAAUCAGCAGUGGCCAAGUGAAAGAAGCUCUUCAAGGAAAGUGGCCGGUAUGUAUGAAGUGGAUGCAAUUUCGAAAUUGACUGCUCAAGUUGAGGCCUUGACUAAGCAAUUGCAAGGCAAUAUAAUAACAACUCCAGUGCAACAGGUCCAGACUCUGUGUGAAAUAUGUGGGGGCUCUCAUGCCUAUGAACAGUGUCAGUAUGCUGAUGUAAACAACAUGCCUAUGGAGCAAGCUCAGGCUAUUGGGAAUUUUCCUCGACAGAGCAACAAUAACCCUUACUCCAAUUCCUUUAAUCAAGGGUGGAGGAAUCAUCCCAAUUUUUCUUGGAAGAAUGAUCAACAAGGCCAAACUUCAGUUCAGCCAUCACAACAACCAUUUCAACAACCACCUCCUGGGUUUUACCAACCGCCCAUGCAACGACAACAGAAUCCUAUGAGACAGCCUGAUACUUACACCACUGAAGUCAAUCCAAAAGAAGAGUGCCAGGCUAUUACAUUGAGAAGUGGGAAGAAAUAUGAAGAGCCAAGUGUGGAGCAGUCAGAUGAAGACAAGGUUCAGGAUCAACAAGCACAGGGCACAGUGGAAAAGAAGCAAGGUGAAAACAAGGUUACUGAAUACCUCCCAACCAAAGAAGCUACACCACAAGUGAUCAUAGAUCACCACAUCAAUAUUCCCUACCCACAAAGGCUCCGCAAGAACAACCUUGAUAAGCAAUUCUCAAAGUUCCUUGAAAUAUUCAAGAAACUACAUAUCAAUAUCCCAUUUGCGGAGGCCUUGGAGAAAAUGCCAAGGCUAAAAUUGGGAGAAGCUCGCCCUACAACGGUUUCCUUUAAGAUGGCUGAUCGCUCCAUUAAACAUCCUCGUGGAGUGAUAGAGGAUGUCUUGGUGAAGGUGGGUAAAUUUAUUUUCCCCGCUGAUUUCAUAAUUCUUGACAUGGAGGAAGAUGCAAACAUUCCCAUUAUUUUGGGAAGACCAUUCUUAGCCACGGGACGAGCUUUAAUCGAUGUACAAAAAUGGGAGUUAAGGUUGCGAGUCCAAAAUGACGAAAUAAGUUUUAAUGUCUUUGCAGCAACUGAAAUUCCUACAUGUUGUAUAGUUGAUGUGGAGAAUGAUUGUCAAGAAUCAAUUGGUAAAAAGAAGAAGAAGACCAAAGAACGAUUUCAAACAGUUCGACGUCGUAUGAAAAGAUCAUUGUGUGGCAAGUUUGAAGGUUUCGAUGACAUUGGGGAUAAUUUCAAUAUUCUCAACAGUAGAAGGGAAUUUUCCUCGUAUGACACGAUGGCUCUCAAGGAUGCAAGGGGUGGACUUGACCCAAGUUGA